AUGUGGGCUCUGUUCCCUAUGAAGCUGAAACCCAUCUGUUUUUUUUAUUUUUUUACUGUCCAUUCUCUUCUGGUCUUCUAUGGGCACUGUGUAGCCCGACUAAGCACUGACAGGGGUGAAGUGCCUGAUUCUACAAAAGGAUUUCACUGUCCUGUGUUCACAAGGAUGGCUCUGCCUUGGUUUUCCACCAAUCAGGGAUUGAACCUGUGCCUCCUGUAUUGGAAGUAUGGAAUCUUAACCACUGGACCACCAGGGAAGUCCCAGGAUGGCUCUGCCUUUGAACCGUGGGAGAAGAUGCAGGCAUUUCUUCCUCAUGUUUGUUAG